AUGUUGAUUCAAGUUGCAUAUUGUGAAGCCAUGUACAAGAAUUGUGUUGGUUUAAGUGGAGCUCUUGAGACGCUGUGUGGCCAGGGGUUCGGUGCAAAGUUAUACAGAAUGUUAGGGAUUUAUCUACAAGCGUCUUCCAUCAUUUCUUUCGCGGUCCCUAUCAUCAUAUCUAUAAUCUGGUGGUUUACGGAGCCCAUAUUCAUCUUACUUCAUCAAGAUCCUCAAAUUUCCAAAUAUGCUGCUCUCUAUAUCAAAUUUCUGAUUCCAGGACUAUUUGCCUAUGGCUUCCUUCAUAAUAUUUUGAGAUUUCUUCAGACACAAUCGGUUGUCAUGCCAUUGGUCUUUUUCUCAGUGAUCCCUUUGGCUCUUCAUGUUCUUGUUGCAUACGGUUUGGUACACUGGACAACUCUUGGUUUCAGGGGAGCUCCGCUAGCAGCUUCAAUUUCGAUAUGGAUAUCAAUGCUUAUGUUGGCCAUGUAUGUUAUGUGUGCGAAAAAGUUUGAGCGUACGUGGGAAGGAUUUUCAUUUGAAUCAUUUCAUUAUGUCCUCAUGGACUUGAAGCUUGCCCUCCCAUCCGCAGCAAUGGUAUGUUUGGAGUACUGGGCUUUUGAGAUUCUAGUGUUCUUGGCGGGAGUGAUGCCAAAUGCGAAACAAAUCACUUCCCUGAUUGCAAUGUGUGUGAAUACAGAGGCAAUUGCAUACAUGAUUACGUAUGGCCUGAGCGCUGCUGCAAGUACAAGGGUGUCAAAUGAACUGGGAGCAGGCAAUCCGGGCAAAGCGAAGAAAGCAAUGGUGGUGACUCUUAAGCUCUCCGUGCUUCUUGCUCUCCUCGUUGAUCUGGCUCUAGCAGUUGGUCACAAUUUAUGGGCUGGCCUUUUCAGCGACAGCCGUGCAAUAAUCAAGCUAUUUGCUUAUAUGACACCGUUUCUUGCCAUAUCAAUACUUGCAGAUUCCGUCCAAGGUGUCUUAUCAGGUGUGGCCAGAGGAUGUGGGUGGCAGCACUUGGCUGUGUACGUAAACUUGGGCACGUUCUAUUUGAUCGGGAUGACAAUUGCAGGUGUUCUUGGGUUUAAGGCGAAACUCUACGCUAAGGGCUUAUGGCUCGGUUUAAUCUGUGGCGUUUGCUGUCAAGCCGGCCUACUUUUGUUGGUUAUGCUGCGCAGAAAGUGGAUUCGGUUGGAUUUAGCCCAUACUGCAUAGGCAGUUUUUGGUCUAAACAAAGUCCUCAAGCAAAACUUUUAAGCAACACCAUUUGGCCAAAUUAUUCCACUAGUUUUGUUGGUUAGGCUGCGCAGAAUGUGCAUUUGCUAUAUAUUUUUUAGGCAAAGCUUGUAUUAGUUGGAGUGGGUUUGCGAUAUUUAAACUCUUCAUUUCUCAGAGAUAAGAUCGAUGUGGAAUUUCAACAACUUGCGCUCUGUUAACCGGACUUGCAAGCUACUUUGAGUUUGAGCAAGUUUUGCACAUUGUAUCCUAAUAACACAACAAAUAAACAUAUGAACUAAUACGAUUGUUUACGA